AAUUAUCUUUAUUAUGCAUUUGACAGAUUUUUUUGUUUCUCCAUCAGGGUAGGAGUCAAACGCAGCUUUGAGGAUGAGUUUGCAGAAUCUGAAAAGAUGAUGAAGAUGGAUGAAGGAGAUGGAGAAGAUGAAGAAGAGAAAACUCUUCAGGUACUGGCACAGUUUUGCUCCGAGUCGGGCGAGGUAGCAGGUCCUCCCAUCGACUUGCCAUUAGGUCUGGGGAAGGAGAAACUUCAGCUCAUUCUUAAUACACUUCUAAAUAAGGAAGAGACUCUACCAUACAGUUUCUUUGUGGAUGAGAAAGAAGUGACAACAAGUUUGGCAGCUGUAGUAGAAUCUGAAAAGGUCGAGGAGAAAGUAUUAACAAUUCUGUACCAACCCCAAGCAAUAUUCAAAGUUAGAGCUGUUACACGGUGUACAUCAUCUUUGCCAGGUCAUGCAGAGGCAGUGCUGUGCGCAUCAUUCAGCCCAGAUGGAAGGCACAUGGCUUCAGGUUCAGGAGAUACUACAGUACGCUUCUGGGAUAUUAACACAGAAACUCCACAUUUUACUUGCAAAGGGCACCGCCACUGGGUUCUCGUUACUGCAUGGUCCCCUGAUGGGGAGCGUUUAGCGUCUGCUUGCAAAGGCGGCCACAUCAUUAUAUGGGAUCCUACUACAGGGAAACAAGUGGGCCGUACACUCCUGGGCCAUAAGCAGUGGGUUACCUCUCUCUGUUGGGAGCCCUUACAUUUGACAGCCAAUGGUCAGAGUGGGCGUAUGGCAUCUGCAGGUAAAGAUGGAGAUGUCAGAAUAUGGAAUACAAGACUUGGCACUUGUGAGAAGAUUCUUUCAAACCACACAAAAAGUGUGACAGCAUUACGAUGGAGUGGAGAGGGACUGAUCUACUCUGCCUCUCAAGACAGAACUAUUAAAGUGUGGAGAGCAGCUGAUGGUGUCAUGUGCAGAACACUUCAAGGACAUGGCCACUGGGUGAACACACUGGCUCUCAACACAGACUAUGCCCUGCGCACUGGAGCUUCUGAUCCCCGUGCUCUGAUGAAGGCCAGACCUGAAUAUGUCUCGGCUGAAAAUAGACAAGAGGCUGCUGAGAAGAGGUAUAAGGAGGCCCUAGCCGCCGCAGGGGGCGUAGAGCGACUAGUUUCUGGAUCUGAUGACUUCACACUGUUUUUGUGGGAACCUGCAAAGGAACGCAAACCCAUUGAACGCAUGACUGGGCACCAGCAGCUGGUGAAUGAUGUGAAAUUUUCUCCGGACACAAGACUCAUAGCAUCUGCUUCCUUUGACAAGAGCAUCAGAAUCUGGAAUGGUUUGAAUGGAAAAUUCAUUGCAACUUUACGAGGUCAUGUCAAUGGUGUAUACCAGGUGGCUUGGUCAGCUGAUUCUCGACUCCUAGUGAGCGGCAGCAAAGAUUCAACCCUGAAAGUAUGGAGUAUGCAUACCAAGAAAAUGGAAAUUGAUUUGCCUGGUCAUGCUGAUGAAGUAUACGCCGUUGACUGGUCACCUGAUGGAGAGAGAGUUGUCAGUGGAGGGAAGGACAAAGUGAUCAAAGUAUGGAGAAGAUAAAAGCAGUGAUCUCCGUGAGCACAAUAGCAAAUAAAAGUAGUACACGUU